GUGUCAAAGCCAGUUAGCUAGCGAGGAGCCAGUAGCCCUCUUGACGCGCCCCACUCUUCGGCCCAGUCAGCUGGUCUUAGAGAAGAAUCGUGUUUACGUUUUCUUCCUGGACCGACUCACUUGUCUCCGUCCGAGUCACCUGCUAACAGGCGGGAUCAGUGGAGGCUGCAUCCGUCAGCCAGCUUCUUGGGGGCGGGCGUCCGCCUGUCACGAUUAGCGGGCUUGUUUCUGUCAGCACAUAGGACUUAUUAGACGGAGCUUAUCGAGCAUCCUCAGGCGGCAGACAUGAGUGGGAAGCUGGGAGACCUCAGCCCCAAACAGGCUGAAGCUCUGCACCAGUUCCGGGAGAGGACUCAAGAUGUUCUUUCCCAACUUCCUGCCCAGCAUGACCACUUCCUGCUGCGAUGGCUAAGAGCCAGAAACUUCAACGUGCAGAAGUCUGAGGCCAUGCUGCGAAAGCACUUGGACUUCAGGAAACAAAUGAAAGUGGACACAAUCAUCAGCGACUGGCGACCCCCCGAGGUCAUCGAGAAGUAUCUCUCUGGGGGAAUGUGUGGCUACGACCGCGAGGGCAGUCCCGUCUGGUAUGACGUCAUCGGACCUGUGGACCCCAAAGGCCUUUUCCUGUCUGCCUCCAAGCAGGACUUCAUUAAGUCUAAGAUCCGAGACUGUGAGAUGCUGCAGAGGGAGUGCACUGUCCAGUCGCAGAAGCUGGGGAAGAACGUGGAGUCCAUCACAAUGAUUUACGACGUCGAGGGUCUGGGUUUGAAGCACUUGUGGAAGCCUGCCAUUGAAACAUAUGGAGAGAUCCUCCAGAUGUUUGAGGACAACUACCCAGAAGGCCUCAAGCGGUUGUUUGUCAUUAAAGCUCCCAAACUCUUCCCAGUGGCCUUCAACCUUGUCAAACACUUCCUUAGCGAGAACACGCGGCACAAGAUCUGCAUCCUUGGCGGCGACUGGCAGGAGGUGUUACUGAAGUACAUCGACGCGGACGAGCUGCCCGUCAUCUACGGUGGGAAACUGACGGAUCCUGACGGAGACCCGCGCUGUCGGACCAGGAUAAACCAUGUCGGCCCAGUUCCCACCUCCUACUAUGUUCGGGAUCACGUCUCAGUGGAGUAUGAUCAGUGUUUGACUGUCAGCCGAGGGUCAACGCAACAGUUGGAUUACGAGAUUCUCUUCCCAGGAUGCGUCCUCAGGUGGCAGUUUUCCAGCGAGGGUGCAGACAUCGGUUUCGGGGUGUUUAUGAAGACAAAAAAGGGCGAAUGGAAGAAAGCGGCUCAGAUGGAUGAAGUGCUGCCCAGCCAGCGCUACAACGCUCACUUAGUGCCUGAGGACGGCUCGCUGACCUGCGAACGACCUGGCGUGUAUGUGCUGCGAUUCGACAACACUUACAGCAUCUUCCAGGCCAAGAGAAUCAGUUUCACUGUUGAGGUUCUGCUGCCGGACCGCUUGAAGCCCCAACAGGCCAAUGAAGGGCCUGGGAGUUAAAAAAAAAAAAAAAAACGAAGCAAGCAAUUA